GUGACGGUGUGACUUGGUGAAGGAGCACAUAACUAGAUGAAAUGGAUUAAUUUCUGUUACUUCGCUCUAAUAUUUUACUGAUGUAAAAUUUAAAAAUGGAGAGGGAUAAUUCUAUUCCACCGUUUCCAAAAUCAGUUUCUCUCUUGUCAUUGGAACGUAGUACACUGUAUUGUAGACGGAAAGCAAACCUUUCUCAAAGUGUUUAUUUUCAAAAUGAUGAAAAAGGAUACUCCGAUGCUCAAGAGGCAUUUUUACUUGAUUACGAAGAAUUGGCAGAGUGGAGUAACGAUCAAAGCUUAGAUUCGGCAUCAUCUAAAAGCAUUGAAAAUGUUUACGAUGACAAAAAUAUUGAUAUUACUAUGAAGAUACGAAUUACAGGGAUGUCGAUGGACCACAUGUUUUGCUCUCGAUGUCGAGAGGGCUUUGAACCUCAUGAAAAAAUUGUGAAUUCUCACGGGGAAUUAUGGCAUCCUCAAUGUUUUGUGUGUGCUCAGUGUUUCCGACCAUUUCCUGAAGGUAUAUUCUAUGAAUUCGAAGGGCGAAAGUAUUGCGAACAUGACUUUCAUGUAUUAUUUGCUCCUUGCUGCGGUAGAUGUGGUGAAUUUGUAAUUGGUCGGGUAAUCAAGGCAAUGAAUGCUAAUUGGCAUCCUGGAUGUUUCCGCUGUGAAGAAUGUAACGGAGAAUUAGCCGAUGCUGGAUUUAUUAAGUGUCAAGGUAGAGCCCUUUGCCAUACGUGCAAUGCACGUGUGAAAGCUGGAGCUCUUGGAAAAUAUAUUUGUCACCAGUGCCAUGGAGUCAUUGACGAUAAACCGCUUCGCUUUCGUGGUGAAGUUUAUCAUCCGUACCACUUCAACUGUACAGCUUGCGGAAUUGAACUGAACUCUGAUGCUCGAGAAGUUCGAUCCAGACCUGGAUAUGCUGCGAAUGAAAUGAAUGAGUUGUACUGCUUGAGGUGUCACGACAAAAUGGGUAUUCCAAUCUGUGGAGCGUGUCGACGUCCGAUUGAAGAGCGCGUUGUAACUGCUUUGGGAAAACAUUGGCACGUCGAGCAUUUUGUAUGUGCCAAGUGUGAAAAACCAUUCUUAGGCCAUCGCCAUUACGAAAAGAAGGGUUUAGCUUAUUGCGAAACUCAUUACCAUCAGUUGUUUGGGAAUUUGUGCUUCGUAUGCAAUCAAGUCAUCGCUGGAGAUGUAUUUACCGCCUUAUAUAAAGCCUGGUGCGUUCAUCACUUCGCCUGUGCAUUUUGCGAUCAGAAGAUGAACCAAAAGACAAAGUUUUUCGAGUUCGACCUCAAACCUGCGUGCAAGAAAUGUUACGAAAAAUUCCCUCAGGAACUGAAGAAACGUAUGCGUCGGAUGUACGAUCUUAAUCCAAAACGAAUUCCAGCUUAAAUAAAGCGUGAACGCUCCGGCAGGAUUGCAGAGUUGAUCAACUUUCGCCUUCACGCAUAUAUUAUUAUGCCACCGUUACAAAAUAUAUAUUUAACAAAGAUUUAUCACUAAAGAAAAAUCGAUCUUGUUAAGAUAACCAAAGUAAUUACAUUUAUGUGUAUCCUUUAACGUUGUGCCACUCUUCACGAGUGUUUCGGUUUAAUGGCACUAAUAAACGCAAGAACGAUUUCGUGCGAUUUAGUAACGUACAUAUUUUAGAUAAAUAUUUUAUAGCAUUUAAUAAUUUACAUAGUUUUUAUGUACUUACUCCUACGGCCGUUACGCUCUUAUAAAAUAUAUCCCCGACGUUUACUAACAUUUAAUAGUAGUAAGCAAAAGUUGGUGCUUCGUUUUCGAGGAGCAAGUUAUCGUGCCUUAUCAUAAGAGCUUCAGAAAGCGAAUCAAUUAAUUCCGAGGACGUGUAGAUGUACUUUUAACGGACUAAGUUUAAAAUCCAGAAUGUUUCUCUGUACUACAUUACGUAGCCUGCGUUUUUACCGUACCAUGUUAUUAACGAAUAAGUACAACCGCUGAAUCUUGGAAUUUCGCUAAACACUUAAUUUAUACGUAUUAAUGAUGUAUCGAUGCGAUAACAGAAAUGAAUUUAAUCUUGGAACCGU